UCAUUUAAUUUAUUGACACUGAAUUUAUGAAAAACCUGACAUUGCUCUGUGCAAUGGGAUUACAUAGCAAACUGCAAACUUGCAACCUUAGUGCAAACUCAAACUGCAAUGUGACAUUGACAUUAGAAAAAGACUGUAUGAAUUUCAUUUCAUUUGUGUGAGCUAUAAACAAGAAAGCCAUGGAUGCUAUUAGGAGGAACAAGCAGAUUGACAGUUUGAAAUUUAUAAUAUCUAAAUGUCAGAGUGGAAAUAGUAUGCAGUCUACCUUGGCAUCUGCAGAAGAGUCCAAGUUGAGCUCUGAGGUGGACAGUUUGAUGGAUACCACAAAGGAUGGUGGGGUAUGCUCAGGCUAUCAUGACCAACUACUGAGGGAACUGUCGGUGCUGGCCGAGAUGCGCCGACGGCUGCAUGAGGCGCGGCUGGCGUGUGACGCCGGUCUGCUCACCGACACCGAGCGCCGCCUGCCCGGAGGUGCCCUGCUCGGUGAGCUGAUCAGUGAGAUUGACCAGCUGGGCGGCCAGCUGGCCAGUAUCGGUGAGAACAUGGAGCCGCUGGGCUGGCGGCUGCUGCAGAACAAGUUCUCAGACGGACUGGACCUGCCCUAUGAGCAGCACGGUGCUGUGAAGUCGCUGCUCAACCAUAUGGCCGCUCUGAUAAAGGACGUCAAUGCCAUUGAGCUAGCAUUCCAAAAGGCGGCGAUGUACAAACCAAACAAGAAAUUGGGCGAGGACCUGGCCAGGGCCGGUAGGGACCUGUGUGAACUGCGGACCAGGCUGGACAACAUCCGCACCCUGCGACAAAACUGCCGAUCAGCUGCCGAUUCGUCCGACCUAUCAUCAGCGACGGCCGUCUCAGCGCUCGGCCUCGGCGUCUCCCAGCUACAGAACUCAGUGUUCUGCUCAGACAGUGUGUCUCAGUGACCUUGGUGACCCGAUUUGCACAGCGGUGACCUGAUAGGGAUCACUGAAACCCUGGUGGGUCGCCUGCACUCUGAUUAUCUAGCGAACUGACGAAGUGGUUACGGGACGAGCUUGGUGAGCAAGGACUGUCGCUUUGUCACGAAGCGCUGUUGAAAUUCUAUGACCAUCAUCAUCAUCGUCAUCAUGUCACGUCAUUUCAGCACUCAUUCAUAGUUCGCCUUGUGUUAACAGCUGUAUAAUUUGUGUGCUCAACGCUUUGGCUGGUGGGUAUGCUUACGCAAGUAAUAUAUGAUUUGCGUAUAUUGUUUUUCACAUUGCGAUACAUCUUCAAUUGGGAAGCCUAUGUUGAUCUGAAAAUGGUUUCUUCGAAUUGGCUAACAACAAUUAAGUUUUAUAGUCGAAUGUGAGUAGGAUCAAAUAACUACGACAUGUGCGUAAUGCCUCUAGAUCUAUCAAUAAAGAAAAUCGACAUUUAUUUUUGACAGACCCUCAGGAACUUUGUUUUUUGCCUGUGUAAGAACAAAUGAAGAUUAAUGUAUUCGACAAUAAUGAACAGGUACCCAGCUCACUCAUA